CACUUAUUGCUCUCAUGUACUGCUGUGGCAGGAGUUUUUGUGUGGGUUUUCGUAUGCGGUUGUGGUUUUAGCCGCUGGGUUAUGGUUUUGUGUUUUUGUGCGGCGGGUGUGAUAGCCAGUGAGAUGAGGUUUUGAAAGUGUGGGGUGAGGUUAGAGCUGGUUUAGCUAAAUAGUUGUGAAUUGUCAGUGGUGGCUAUGGUAGAGAUUUUCUAAUGAGAGAUGCAGUCAUGGCAGAAAUGGAGGCCACGGAGGUGAUUCAAGUGACGGAAGUGAUUCAAGUGACGGAAGUGAUUCAAUUGACGGAAGUUGCAGUGGCCCCCGUUUCUGCCAACGAUCAGCCUCCACAGGAAGAGAGUCAUUUGUCUGCCUCUUCUGUGGAAGAUCAAAACGUGCCGCUGCUGCCGGAGCAGGUACUACCUCCAUCCGAGUCUGAAGAGGGUCAGACUGCAGCUGCCUUGGAGAUCGCACCGUUGGAACAGGAACAAGGAGCGGAAGCUCAAUUGGAGGAGAAAGCCCUGCUAUCUCCACCUCCGAUUGACGUAAAGGCGGACACUGCGCUAGAUGAGAGCACGCCUGCCAGAGGAUCCACCCCUCCUGCAGGGGCGAAGAGAAUCCGCGAGGGUGGGGAGGAGAAGGAUGGCGAGAAGAAGUGGGCAGGCUGGCCAGGCGACAAUGUGUUUCGUCUUAUCGUGCCUGUUCAGAAGGUAGGGGGUAUCAUAGGUCGCAAGGGAGAGUUCGUGAAGAGAAUGUGUGAAGAGACGCGUUCCAGAAUCAAGAUCCUCGAGGGUGUGCCUGGCACCGCGGAGCGAAUUGUCAUGGUUUCAGCGAGGGAAGACCCUGAAGCUGCAAUUUCUCCAGCUAUGGAGGGGCUUCUACGUGUUCACCGGCGCGUCAUUGAAGGGGCCGAACCAGAGUCGGCGGAUGCGGAGAUUGCACCUGGGGGUGCUCCAGUGUCAUCUCGUCUUCUGGUGGCUGCUACUCAAGCUGGUAGUCUCAUCGGUCGCCAGGGUGCUACAAUCAAGUCUAUCCAAGAUUCCUCCGGCGCUACUGUUCGUGUUUUGCCUGCUGCAGAGGAGCUUCCACUGUGUGCGCUAGCAGAUGACCGAGUUGUGGAAGUUACGGGCGAGCCUCGCAAUGUUCAGCGUGCAACGGAGCUUGUUGUCGCACACCUUCGCAAAUUCUUGGUGGAUAGGAGUGUCCUUCCUUUGUUCGAGCUAAAUCGGGCAGUAGCAAAUCAGAGCAACCAGCAGAGCACAGCCUCUCAAUGGCAGCAGCCGAGUAGCACCCAACAACAGCAGCCACCCAAUUACAGUAGCAACGACUCCUCUUACUAUGGAGCCGCUGAACUUCCGCACCAUUCUCAACCACAACAGCAGUCACAUGACCUAGCCAAUCAUCAUCACGGUCUGUCUUUGUAUGGCCGGGAUCCCACGUUAGGAGGCACUAUUGUACCUCCAACUCCCGCUCCAGUGAUCACGCAGGUGACUCAACACAUGCAGAUUCCACUCUCGUAUGCAGACGCUAUCAUUGGUGGCGCAGGUGCUAACAUCAGCUACAUGCGUCGUACUAGUGGUGCUACAAUCACGAUCCAAGAAACUCGGAGCGUGCCUGGCGAGAUGACUGUUGAGAUUCAUGGUAGCGCAUCUCAAGUGCAAACUGCUCAGCAAUUAAUACAGAUGCAAUGUAAUUCUUGCCAGCCUAUACAGGAGGAUCAUUAUCAGAAUUUCAUGGCAGGCGCAUCUAGUGGACCCCCGCAGUACUCCAGCACUUACAGCAGCACAGUGGACACCAGUUACAGCUCAUACCCAAGCCAACCUGCUAUGUACUCAACAACCCCCGCAACAGUUCCGCCCACGGCAUCGUAUGCGUCGCAUUACAGUACAUCUUAUGGAUAUUAGUUUAUAUGUAUAUGGCCUGUCUGGAACAAUCGGAAGCUCUGUAGCAACAAUUGAUGACCUUCAAAAGGUCGAGGGUCCCUGUCCAACACAAGUUCGGUGGAUUUGGCAGUAUAAUACCAUCCUAUCCGCCAACUAGACUUCAAAUCUAUUCGUCCAAAUUUUGGCAUUGUUGUUUCGUGGUGCACCGUCCGUCAGGAUGUGGUUCCUCUCAACAUAAAACUACGUGUGUGUGCGGCGGCUUUUUUGUUUGUUUGUUUGCUUGGUUAAAUAAAUAGUUCGAUUUUUUUGUUUAUUUUUAUUCCUUUGAAGAAAUGGGGCCCGGUCACUCGAAA